AUGGCGUCUCGAUAUUCUCCCAAAGAUGAAGCUCUUCAAUUCAUCCAGGGACUCACCAACCGACCACCCAACGAUGAAUCCCUCCUCUGGGAAUCCUUCCAAGCAGCAGGCUACAGCAGCAGGGACGGAAAUAAGAAUCUCGCUCUCCCUGGAGAUGCUGCUCUCAAGUUUUAUCUCAUCAUGGAAGGCCAAAGAAUCAACGACGUGGUUUCUUCCAUAGCUUCAAACGACAACCUUAGCCGAAAGGGAUUUGAGCUCGGGCUUGAGAGGUACAUUCAGGGAAACCCAGCUCAGAGAGGGAAGGUCUCCAACGGUACCAUGGCUACUACAUUAGAAGCCAUUAUUGGAGCCAUGUUUAUCGACAGUGGUUUCGAUUAUGCCGUUCUUUCCGAUGUCAUGGCUCGCUUGGGUCUGGGAUGGCCUCAAUAG